UACUACUAUUUAGAAAUGUGGUGAAGCAAGCACGACUCGUCGACAUGCUUGCUUCAGGGAGUUUUAGUCUUUUCGCUCAAUAUUUUGUCCAUUAUUUCCUCCGCCGUUGCUUCUAUGUUUUAUUAUCCAUUAUUCUUGGCGCCUCUGCUUCAAGCUUUUUGACUUUGUUGACAUGCUUGCUUCAGGGAUUUUUAGUCUUUUUGCUCAACAUUUUGUCCAUUGUUUCCACCACCAUUGCUUCUAUGUUUUAUUAUCCAUUAUUCUUCUCGCCUCUUUUUAAAGAUUUUUCUAGGUUUUUCUACUGGAAUGGUUCCCCAAUUUCUAUGUACAAUCAAACUACAGUAUUAGCAAAUCAACAUCAGCAACAAGAUUUUCAGAAAUAUAGGUUUAGGUGCUCAGUUUUAGGUUCGACAGUGAUUCUUCGGGCACGCUGUUCUACAUCCUCUGUCGUGAAAUAUGCCUCCACGUCGAGCGAGAAGAAAUAAUGAUGGCCAGCAACCUCAACUCGCUGACCCAUUGAAUGAAAAUGUGUCUCAUACUAAAUUUCGAGCAGCCUUCCAGGCGCUGGCCCAAGCUGCUACUGCAAAUGUUUAGGCCAACUCGGCCCCGGUUCCACAGCAGCAGGGAGUUGAUUCAGCUGCUGCCAGGAUUCGUGACUUCAUGCAGAUGAAUCCACCGGAAUU